CGUUUGAUUUGUACACUUUGAAACGACUACAGCAUGUACUCACAAUCGUCUCUUCCACUGGCCCAUGGCGCCGUCGCAUCGUCGUCCACCUUCUCGUUCUCGUCGGAGCCAGAGCCGGGAGGUGUAGAAGAAGCUCUGCUACAGCUCGUCCAGGAUCACCACCACGCCUCCCUCAGACUUCGCGAAGUCACCGAGAAGGCGAAGAAGGACGCGAUCAAGAAGGCGGCGCGUGUGGCGGAGCUGAUGGUGGAUGCGGUGAACGGCGGCGUGCAAGAGGCGUUCGUGAACGAGAAGCGAAUCGAGCAUGAAAUUAGAGCUUUGGCUGCCACCAUUGCACGAUUCAGCAAACAAACCGAUCACUGGCUCUCUGUCACUCAUUCUAUGAACACUGCCAUCAAGGAAAUUGGAGAUUUUGAGAACUGGAUGAAGACUAUGGAAUUUGAUUGUAAGAGCAUCACUGCAGCUAUCCACAAUAUUCACCAAGCAUGAUCAAGCUCAUAAGCACAUUAUUUGUUUCACCAAUUUUCAUGUAAGUUUGAGUCGUGGAAACAGUCUCUUUGUAAAGUAAAAAUAAGGUUGUGUAGACAUUACUCCAAUUCUCGCAAAACAGAUAUCUUGUUGGUUUGGGGUCGUCUUUUCUGAUUAUUUUCUUCUCUGUAAUUUGUAUAGCAUCUGAAUUGUGGAAUGAUAAAUCUUUUUUUUCUUUU